AUGCUGAGUGACAUGGACAUGCUGAGCAGGGCCAUCCUGUCCAUGUCAGAGGAGCAUGACGGUCAGUAAUCACACAGCUAACUCUUUGUUAGCAAAAUCAUGAUCCCCACAGAUUUGGUUGAGUGAUCCUCACAGACUUGGCUGAGGCCUAAUGAGCAGUUCAUUUCUGGUGGUCUUACUCCAUGAAAAUCAGUUGCCAAGACUGAAAGUCCCCACUUCCUCACAGCUGCCUAAGUCCUCUACUCUCCAGGGCUUUUCCCAAGCAAUCGGAGAUCGGGCCUGCAUGCAGCUAACCUCUCCUCUACGCUUUCAUGCCUCUUCUGGUUCUGGGAGACCAGGGGGCAGGAAGCGUUUCUUGAAGUACUUCUAGCAGUAUAACAGACAUAGGGGGUCACCACACCUGUCUUAACUGGUUUGGGAUUCUUCUCUUCCUAGAAGAAUACUCCCAUCCUGACUGAAAUGAGACCCAACCCACAGCUCUACUUCUCACUCAAACUCAGCCCUCCAGUUAACCUCUUCUUGAAUACUCUCACAAGACACUAAAAACUGUUUUCCUAUCUAAGCUAAGAGACUCCUUUCCCUAGCUUUAGAUAUUUCCCUCAGAGUGGAUGCUAUACACACAGAUCAGAACCAGUGCUCUCUCUUUUCCCCAAGCCCUCCCUCCUCAAAGCUUUCUUAAACCAUCUCUUCAACUAUCUCCCCAAAACUAUCUCCUAAACCAGGUAUCCCCAACCUUCAGCCCUCCAGAUGUUUUGGACUACAAUUCCCAUCAUCCCGGACCACUGGUCCUGUUAGCUAGGGACUGUGGGAGUUAUAGGCCAAAACAUCUGGAGGGCCGCAGGUUGAGGAUGCCUGUCCUAAACCAUCUGAGCACUCUCUUAGAAACUGCUCCUUUUAUCCCUCCCCCAAAGUGCUGUCUUCACCCCUUUCUGGCUUGGUAGCCAAUGAGAGAGCAGCUCCAGCACUCUGGUGGAAUUCCAAGGUACUGCAUCACCAGACUCUGGUCCAUCACAGCAUCACUCAGCAGGUAGAGGCCAGAGGCAGUCAGCUGGGCAGAGGGUUUAUCUGUUGGUUUCUAUUUCCCUCACUGAGCAGCAACUGCAGUCACAAGACAUUGUUUUGCAUUCCACAGUCAGAGUUACUGUUGGAUUCCCACGGGAAUGGGAGACUGGAUGUGACGUACACUGGUUUCCUGUUUUUCACUGUUCUCUCGGUUUCUUUAUUAGAGAGACAGUUGCUUCUCUGCUCUCACAGAGGCAAGAUGCAUGUUUGUAUUCUCUCAGCAUAGAGUGGAAAUAAAGUUAAGAAUGUGGCACAUACUGCUUAUCCUUCUGCUGUGUGGACUACUCUGUUUGGGCUCAAGAUGAGACGAGCCUGUAUCAGCUUCAGAUGGGCUGAAGCUGGUCAAAAUCUCACAUUAUCUCCACCCAAGUCAACCCCAGCCCAGCCUGACCUGGCACAGAGUGGGUUUAGAUUGCACCCUUAGUCUGUCUCUUUCUUGCAGGUUUGGUAUCGGAGCUGCUGAUUGAGGAAGUUGAAAGGAAGAUUUUCCAGUCCCCUUUAAUAACCUUAUUCAGGAAAUCAGCCAGAAUUUCCCUUUCAAUCAAGGCAAUAGACUUGUCGGGAUAAUAUAUUGUGCACGUGAAUUCCUUUGGCUGAGUAAAGCUGCAUGAAGAAGCUGCUCUAAUUUGCACUGUUUUUGUUGCCCUUUGAUUUGGAGUGACCAUGCUCUCCAAGGCGGGAGUCAAAGGAAGGGGAUGAUGGGGGGAAGAGAGGGAAGCUGAUUAGUUUUCACUGUGCCUUUUAUGCAUCUGAAUACCUUAAUCAAGUCCCUUCUAACUUUUCUUCAGUUGGGUUUUGCUGUCUCUCAACAUGCUUUAUGUGACAUGAAUAAAGUACAAAUUGCAACACAAUCUUGGCACUUAUGCAUUCUCUUUUUUUUCUCCCCCUGGGGAAAAAAAAUACAAAUAAAAUCAUCCCCUUCGCCUUCACUUGCAUUCCUUUUGUGUUUGUUUUCAGCACUGAUUCCCGUGAUUGUGUUUACUGGCAUUGAAUGUCGAAGCAAAAAAGUGGAGGAAUAUUCUCAGAAAGCAAAUGGGAAUUUGUUAAUGUGAGUAUUCGUGAGGGUCUGGAGAGAACCCAACAGCAACCUUGACUCUUGCAUUUCCAUCCACUCAUCGAAUCACGGACAAGGAACAUUCGCAUAACCUUGCAAAUCAGAAAAAGCAGCUUGAGCUUCUUCAAUCAAACCUGUAAAGAUUGCAGAUAUACAAUACAGCUCGUUCCAUCUAGUGGGGCUUCCUGGGGUAAUAGGUACUUCUGCCUCUUGUGCUUAAGACCUGGCAUGUGACUCAGUUUAUCUGAUUUAUUUCUUUAACAUAUACUGUGCCACCCCAUCUGAAUCCUGGCAAGAUGGAGGCAUAGUGGGUGGGUGGGUCUCAAGCCUGGAUAACUAGUCAAUUACCUGCUUUGGGUAUACUUCCUCUAAAAGGGCUGGUUCAUAAUCUGGGGGUGUUCCUGAAUCAAUCUUUGGCACUAGAGGCCCAGAUGACCUCAGUGGCUAGGAAUGUCUUCAGCUGGACAAGGAUAGUCUGACCACUGUUGCCCAUUCACUGGUAACAAUAAUAAUCCUCAUCCAUUUGUCGUGACAGUUUAUUCUAUCACGUAGUUUGCCACCCUUCACAAAGCAUCUUCCAGAAGCCCCUUGAGGCAUUGUAACCUCUUGUGUCACAUGAUGCUGGAGAGAAGCAGAAAGAAAGAAAGAAAGAAAGAAAGAAAGAAAGAAAGAAAGAAAGAAUUCUGCAUUUAUGCCAUAAUCUUGCGGGUGCAUGAAAUGCGCCCAGAGCGAUGGCAUUCUUAAUGUGCGCUUAUGCUAAUCUGCCAAACCAUCAGUAUAUGUUGUUUUAUAAAUAGUUACCUUUGAAAUGGAGCAUUGUUUAAAGCCAGAUGGUUGGCUUGAAGAUUCAUUCUUCAUUUUUUGCUUCUGUGGUGAAUAUGCAGAUUUACAAGUUGCUUUCUAUUUUCCCACAGCUCCAUCUAAUAUUUACAUUCAGAUAAUGCUGAUAAGGGGGCUGGAGAGGCCAGACGUUAAAGAGAAAAGAAAAGAAUGUAAUAUAGGGCAUAGUGUUUGCUUCAGAAGUGAGCGUGUGAGGCAAUAAAGGUGUACUAAUGGGGUGUUAAUCUUGUGUUCCUCCCUCCCUCUACUUUUCCUGUUACAUGAAAGCCACUGUGAUUAGAAUAGGGGUGAAAUGAACAUAAGUAUGAUAAAUGAUAACUUUCUCAUGGGAGUAAAUAUAUGAGAGAGAGAGAGAGAGAAAGCUUUGCUAAUCAAGCUGGGCAGAGAGGGCGAACAUACUCUGAGAACACCCAUCUGGAAAUGAGUCUAGAUUCAGAAACAGUUCGUUGAAGUUGCUACUGUAAAUGGAGAACAAAGAGUACCACAAUGUGAACUGGUUGGAUCGCAGGAGCAAAAGGAGCUUCAGAGACCAUGAUUUGUUUUUAUUUAUUUUUUAAAUGAUGGUACAAAUGGAUUUGACUAGGAAUGGUGGUCGAAUCUUACAUCCCGCCUUAUUUCCAGAAAUGGAACUCAAGGCGGCUAACGAAGCAGCAGUCAUGAAACAAUGGAAAACAGUGAAUUGCACUUCAUUUCAAACGACAACAGAAGACCCGGGUGUUAACAUGUUAAACCAAUGAUGGGGGCAGUUAAAAUGUACAUGGAAAGGGGUUUGAAGAGCCAAGUUUCUCCGAACUGUCUGAAAUGUCUAUCUAUCGUCUAUCAUCUAUCUAUCAUCUAUCUAUCUAUCUAUCUAUCUAUCUAUCUAUCUAUCUAUCUAUCAUCUAUCUAUCUAUCUAUCUAUCUAUCUACCAUCUAUCUAUCUAUCUCUGUCUCUCCCUCUCCCCCUCUUUCCCCCUCCUUCUGGACUGUUUGUUUUGAUGUGCUUACCCUGCCUUUCCACUCCAGAACCAAGUGCCCAAGGUGGCUAAAGGAUAACCUUCACUGUUUCUGGUUAAACUCUGUUUCACGCUCGUGCCUUUAUUUGUGUAUUUAUAAAUCUAAUGCUUUUAAUUUUCACUUGUAAAUCAUCCAGGGAACUUGCCGGGCAGCAUAUAAAUAUUUUCAAUGCAAUGAAACCGAGAUCGGAAUGCCAGCGUUCACCAUCCUAAGUUCUGUGGAAUGUCCUUAAGAACAAGAAUACAGAUCACCAUUACUGCGUACAUGCUCCCAAGCACAGAGAUCCAUUACACCUAAAUAUUGCGACACUGUCUUCGGGCUUUGUGUAUUACAGCCAGGGAGAGCAUCUGUCCUGUGCCUGGUGAUUACAUCAUGCCGUAAGAUACUUAGUCAAAGGGAGUGCAAUCUGGCAGCUCACAGCUCCACAUUAGAGUAGUUUAUAUGAUAGCAGUCAAAGUCAAUUGGUGUAUUGUUUGACCUCUCCUCCUCGCCAAAGCAAUAUGGUGCCAUCUGCGCAUCUUGUAUUCACAUCAUAUUAUGCAUUAAUACGGCUUUUUCGAUGCACAGUUUGCUUUGUGCUUUGGUGUAUAAAUAUUUUAAUAUUUGCAUUCGGUUGGAUCGCAUUCCCCAAAGUAUACUCGGAAAAAUAAAACCACUAGGAUGCUACAUACCUUCAUUCUGUAAAGCAGAGCAGCAGACUUAAGUCUUUAUUUCUUCACUCUAUUAAGAAACAACAGCAGCCUCUGAGAAGGUGGAUUUAGCUUCCUGGUAAGAUCGCUGAUGGCUCAGGUUUAGCAAGGUUUCAUUUUACUUCUCUUGCAGCAGAUGUCUUGCAAGGAGCUGGGCUUGUUCAGGUUUUGCAAAGCUCUUGUCAAUGAGCAUACACUUGUUGUUGUUUAGUCGUUUAGUCGUGUCCGACUCUUCGUGGCCCCAUGGACCAGAGCAUGCCAGGCAUUCAUGUCUUCCACUGCCUCCUACAGUUUGGUCAAACUCAUGCUGUUAGCUUCGAGAACACUGUCCAACCAUCUCGUCCUCUGUCGUCCCCUUCUCCUUGUGCGCUCAAUCUUUCCCAACAUCAGGGUCUUUUCCAGGGAAUCUUCUCUUCUCAUGAGGUGGCCAAAGUAUUGGAGCCUCAGCUGCAGGAUCUGUCCUUCCAGUGAGCACUCAGGGCUGAUUUCCUUCAGAAUGGAGAGGUUUGAUCUUCUUGCAGUCCAUGGGACUCUCAAGAGUCUCCUCCAGCACCAUAAUUCAAAAGCAUCAAUUCUUCGGCAAUCAGACUUCUUUAUGGUCCAGCUUUCACUUCCAUACAUCACUACUGGGAAAACCAUAGCUUUAACUAUACGGACCUUUGUUGGCAAGGUGAUGUCUCUACUUUUUAAGAUGCUGGAGCAUACACUAGCAUACACUAGAACUAUCAUAUUGCAAUGGACUUUAGAUAUAGGAGCUGCAGCUCUCAAACUAGGUUUGUUUCAUUGCCAAUAACAUUAUUUAGGUUCUAAAGUUUGAGAAGUCCCAGCGGUGGAAUAGGGCUUUGGUACUGCAGCAGGACAAGCUAAGGCAAAGCCUCAUUCUUAAAAUUGCCAUUGGUCUUUAAACUGAUCAUCAGGGUACCAGUUGUGGAUAAGAAGGAGGGUACGAAUACUGAGCAGUGACGAAGCCUCGUGGAAGGCAUCUUCCAUAUGCUCCAAAUGUUUGCCAGGGACAUGCCAUAGUUUUUGUGCCUAUCUGUGUCCCUAGCUUGCUCCUGGGUUGAUAGAUAGAGGUGCCUUUUAAAAAGCCUUUCAGCAUGUGCACACCAAGGGUGUGGAACCUGGAUGUAGCCAGCACAUCUGCAGCUGUGGCAGGAUCUGUCCGCUCUAGGAAAGGUUACAGCUGGCACACCAGCCAAAGCUGUGCAAACAUUACUCUGGCCCAGAGGAAGCAGGUCUAAUAGGUCAAGUACAAUACUGCCCCACCAGUCUUCAUCUCUCUGAGUCAGGGAGUGGCUCUGCCUGUGAUUGACUCUGACUCCACCAAUGAGUACCAGCCACCACUUAUGGAGCCACAGCAGCCACAUGCCUAUCCAGGAGCAAUGCAGGGGCCAAGGUACACUGCCACGCCAGGGAGGUCCUCAAUAAGGAGGAUUUUAUCUCAAUCUGGAGCAGACAGAAUACCUGCUUAGGACCGUAGCUCAGUGGUUAAAGUUUCUGCCUUGCAUGCAGAAAGCCUGAACUUCAAUCCCUGGGAUCUCCAGGUAAGACUGUGAAACACUGAGACCCUGGAAAGCCACUGCCAGGCAGUAGACAAUACAAAGCUAUAUGGACCAGUGAUCUGACUCAGUAUAAGGUAGCUUCCUAUGUUCCGUCCAAGUUCCUUCAUCCUUUGUGUUUUAAAAAACUUCCCUUGAGACUCUGACAUUCUCAAACUUACCUCCCUGCGCUGCCUUCUCCAUCCAUUCCCCGUCCCCUGUAGCUGCCAUGAAUGUGAGAUUGCCCCUGCAAAUCAGAAAAUCAAUCAGAAAAAAAGGAUAGCUAUCAACAAAUCUGAGCUAACUGUACGGAUGGCAGCAUAA